UAAAAAAACAAAAUAAAAACAGAAUCAAAAACCUGAGAGCCGUUUGUUUUUUGCUUUAACAGCUAGGUCUCUCUCACGGUCUCACCUUCUUCCCAAAGUAUUUUUGGCAAAAACCAUUAGACAAUUACUGUUAAGCUAAGUUAAUGAGACCCACCUCACCACCCUCAUCUUCAACUUUGACUCUCUCUCUCUCUCUCUCUCUCUCUCUGAAUUUAAUAAAUAUUCUAAAUACCCAUUAGCCCCUACAAUACACUCACAUAAAAACUCUCACCCACUCUCUCUCUCUCUCCUAAAAGCUGAGAACAAGACAAAGCUUCCUCUUUUGUUUCUUCGUUGCCACAAUAGAUCUCUUCUUUUUUACAGAAGGGAGAGAGAGAGAGAGAAAGAGGAAGAGAAAGAGAGAAUAUAAGGAGGAGAGAAGAGGUUGGAGGUGGCAAUAGCAAAAGCAAUAUUGGAAGAAGAAGAUUCAGACCUAGAAAUGCUGCAGCCCAAUAUCCCAAACCCAGAAGUAGCAAAAUUUACCACCCAGAAAUGAAGUUCAACAGAAAAUCUUCUUCUUAGAACAGUUUUUUUCUUUUUUUCUUUUUUAAUCAGAGAUUGGAAAUCAGUCAGUGUGUGCUGUGUGUAUUCAGAAGUAAAUGAGGUGUAAAAAGCACCCCUCAGACCUCAGCAGCACCGUCGGAGUCUGCGCUGCUUGUCUCCGGGAACGCCUUUUCGCUCUCAUCGCCGCUCAGGCUCAGGUUCAGGCUCAGGCUCAAGCCCAGGCCCAGGCUCAGGCCCAAGCUCAGAUAUCGCGUGGGCAUCAUUCUCGCUCUACCGCAGCCGGUGGUGGUGGUGGAGGCCCUGCGGAUGCUCGGAAAUCCGACCCCAAUCCACCGCCUCUCGUAUUCCCUCGCUCUGUAUCUCCAUACGUAUCUCGCCGGAAAUCCGCGGACGCCACGUGGAACAAUCUCGGCGCUCCGGAGAAUCAGCACCCCCACCGUGACCAUCUCCGGUUCUACAGUACUCCCCAAGUGGGACCCACGUUCGCAGCCACAUCCACCGCCGGUUCGCGCAAGAAGAAGCCGAGCAGGUUCUCGUUCUGGUCGAACCUGUUCCGUUCCAGAUCCGAGAAAUUAGAGUCGGAUCAUAGGGUUCACAACCGCGAUUCAUACGCGGCGUCUUCGUCGUCGUCUCCGUCUUGGUUCACCGCGAUCUUCACCGGCCGUGGUAGGGAUAAGCAAUCGAGGCAAUUCUAUCCGGAUGACACCAUCGGAAGCCGCAAGCCUCGCCGGAGGAUGGAUCGGGGAAUGUCGCCGGUGAGGGAUGCAGAGUACGACUACAAUUACGACGAUGGCGAUCGGUCUCCCUCCGGCAGCGGAAACUCAACGGAAUCGACGCCGACCUGGAAGAGAACGCCGUCGGUGGCACCUCCGUCGGCGAGGCGAUCACGGCAAGGGAACAGCCGGAACGUUGCGGGGUUGGCGUUCUGUUUGAGCCCGUUGGUGAGAGCAAGUCCAAACCGGCACUGGAACCAGAAGCCCUUGCCACCGGAGAUGGGAAUGGUCAUGGCCGGCGGUGAGGCUAGGGUUUCGGUGAAGCCCCACCUAGCCACUGCGGCGGGGUAUUGCGCUAACCGGUCGAGAAAGCUCGCAGAUUUCGGGAGGGCCAAUCACAACCGAUGAAAUGGAUGACCGUUGACAACGACCACCGUUGUGACCGUGUGGUUUCUAAUGAAAGUACGGUUUUACCCUCUUUUUUUUUUUUUUUUUUUUUUCCCCUUACCUUUGGUUUCGUUUUUCACGUCCAUAAUUUAAAAAAAAAAAAGGUUAAAAAAAGAAAAGAAAAAAAGAAACAUCUUGUUCUCUUUCUCUGUAUACUAGCGCUCACUACAUUUUACAGCAAAAAACACGGGAUUAUUUUUUUUUUCCUUUUUUUUAUUUGUAAAAUUUUAUAAUUUGAUAAUUUAAUACAGCAGAGCUAUAUUUUGAGAUUAUUA